AUGUUUAAUUGCAGCUGUCCAGUUGGUUAUUCAGGUGUUCAAUGUCAACUUGGUGGUGCACAAUGUCUUACUAUGCCAUGUCUUAAUAACGGCACUUGUACAGAGUUUCCUAGAGCCUAUAUCUGUUCAUGUAUUCCUGGUACCAGUGGAACAAAAUGUGAAAUAGAUAUUAAUGAAUGUGCCUCCAUACCGUGUCAAAACGGUGGAACAUGUAUUCAGCCAACAUUGAAUACGUAUAAAUGUUUGUGUCCAUCAGAAUAUGUUGGUUAUAAUUGUGAGACACCGUUAGAUCCAUGCUUGUCUACUAUAUGUUUUAAUAAUGGUUCGUGUACAAGAGUAAAUUAUACGCAUGCUAUUUGUUCGUGUUCGGUUGGAUUCACUGGUACAGUGUGUGAAGCGCAAAUUAAUUGGUGUGCUACUAAUCCAUGUACCUACGGAACAUGCAUUAGUUUAAGUAAUCAAUACCAAUGUAAUUGUUAUCCAGGGUAUCAAGGUCAAAGGUGCGAUUCCCCUAUUAACUAUUGUAUGCCAAACCCCUGUUACAAUAAUGCUACGUGCGUACAACAAGCAGGAAAUUAUGUUUGUCAAUGUCCUUAUGGGUUUCAAGGUGCCACAUGUGCAGUGAUUGUACGAGCAUGUCAAAGUUCACCAUGUCUUAAUGGGGGUACUUGCAAUGAAGUGGCCCCUGGCCUACAGAAUUGUACUUGUCCAACAUUUUAUCGUGGUCCAUUCUGUCAAUUACGUGACUCACCAUGUGCUCGCUAUUUACCUUGUGGAAAUUAUGGUGUUUGUAUUGAUACGAUUGUUGGUUAUCAAUGUAACUGUCUAUCCGGAUGGACGGGAACAAAUUGUUCUUCACAAAUUCAACCCUGUUUAUCAAAUCCAUGUCAAAAUAAUGCAACAUGUAUAAAUCAAUUAUCAGGACUCGCGUACCAAUGGUAUGCUGGAUCAAUGUGUGAAUUACAAAUAAACACUUGUGUCAGUAAUCCCUGUAGCAACGGUGGCACAUGUAUUGCGGGAAUUAACCAAUUUUCUUGCAUUUGUCCACCGUCUUAUACUGGAAUCGUAUGUCACAUCGUUCUCGAUCCCUGUAUUCAGUAUGAAUGUGUAGCAGGUAUUGCCACACAAACCGCAAACGGUUUGAAUUGUUCAUGUAGAUGUGCUAGUGGUUAUACAGGAGUUUCAUGUCAAACACCAAUUAAUUUAUGUGAUCAAGACUAUUGUCUACGUGGCACAUGUACAUAUUUGGGUCCUGGCAUAGCUAAUUGUACAUGUCCAACAAAUUAUCAAGGAUUAAGGUGUGAAUCUCUUCUCCUUAAUUACUGUAGCUCCUGUCCGUGUAUCUAUGGUUCUUGCCGGUCACUGUCAAAUAGUUACGUAUGCGAUUGCUCAAUCGGUUACACAGGCAUUCAUUGCGAUACAAGACUUGAUCUAUGUCAACCACAAAAUCCAUGUCGUUAUGGGCAAUGUUUACCUAACGAAACUACUGGUUAUCAUUGCGUUUGUUUAUCAGGGGCAACAGGACAAAAUUGUACGGAGAUUAUUGAUCGAUGUAUCGAGAGACCCUGUCAAAACAAUGGCGUCUGUAUACAAGCACCAGGUGUUCUUAAUUCUUAUCAAUGUGCAUGUCUUGCAGGUUAUGUUGGUGUUAAUUGCGAAAUAUUAGUUAAUCAAUGUUCAACGAUUACCUGUCAAAAUAAUGGUACAUGCAUUAAUGUGGCCACAAAUCCUCCUCGAGCGUACUGUCAAUGUGUUCCGACCUACACCGGUCUGACAUGUGAAUAUUCGUUCCGUGCUUGUACUAGUCAACCAUGCAAAAAUUUAGCAACAUGUAUUGAUCUCAGUCUCACAACUUAUCAAUGCAUAUGCCCACUUGGUUUCUCUGGACAAAAUUGUGAUGUGAACAUUCAUGUAUGCAGCAGUAGUACAUGUAAAAAUGGAGGCAUCUGUAUUGAACCAACUCCCUACUAUUAUAUUUGUCAAUGUACAUGGCCAUUUUAUGGACAAAAUUGUCAAUUGGCUUGUGAUCCUUGUUUGAGUUUUCCAUGUCGUGGACCAAAUUCACAAUGUAUAUCGAGUUUAAACUAUUUAAAUUAUACAUGUGUAUGUGCUGCGGGAUUUAUUGGCCCUUAUUGUACAACAGUAUAUAAUCCGUGUUCAUCAGUUCCAUGUCUAAAUUCCGGUACAUGUAUAAGAACAGGACUAACAACAUUUGCUUGUGCUUGUCUACCUGGCUAUAGUGGAAUGUACUGUGAAAUACAAACAAAUCCAUGCACAAGCUAUACAUGCGGCAGUGGUGGAACGAUGAUCACACUUGGAUCAACGUCGUGUCAAUGUCAAUGUCCAUACAGUUAUUAUGGUAUCAAUUGUCAAUUAAAUGUGUGUAAUGCAAAUCCUUGUCAAUUAGGUACAUGUGUGGCGCAAUCAAAUUUGACGUACACAUGCAAUUGUCCUCUAGGAUUUACGUCUAUUAUGGGCGUCUGUAGCGAUAUCGAUGAAUGUCAAACGAUACCUGGGAUCUGUUCUAAUAGUGGACGAUGCUUGAAUUCAUAUGGGUCCUACCUUUGUUUUUGUCAAACAGGUUAUUAUGGUUUCAAUUGUGAAACAUUUGAUCCAUGUCGUUCGUCACCGUUAGCAAAUUGUGAACAAGUGACAACGUGUUAUUCUAAUCCUUGCGUUCGUGGUACAUGCCGAGAUAUAGUAGCCAAUGGUACCAAUACAUUUCAGUGUCUUUGCAGUCCGGGAUUCGGCGGUAUAAUAUCAAGUAACGGUGCCUCAUGUGACACACCAAUCGAUGUUUGUGCAAGUAGUCCUUGCUUAAAUGGCGGAACGUGUAGCAACCGCGGCAAUGGAAUUUUUCAAUGUACUUGUUUGCCUCAGUUUACUGGGGUUUAUUGUGAUCAACCAUUAUGUGUCCCUGAUUCAUGUUUGAACGGAGCAACGUGCUCAAUAGUAGAAAAUGUUCUUCAAUGUCAAUGCCAGUGUGGAUACACAGGCCGACGUUGUGAAAAUCCAAUCGAUAUUUGUUCAGCAGUUUUAUGUCAGAAUCAAGCAACACUCCUGAUAAAUUCGACAACAUGUCAAUGUUCCUGCGCUUGUUCUCCAUCUUUCACUGGAACAUUAUGUCAAGCAUCAGUUGCUUCAAUGAAUCGUACAUAUCCUGGUCAAAUUCAAGUUCCAGUCGAUCGCCUACAAGGUUCAUCGUGGGCUUCGAUCGUGGAUUGUAUUGAUCAAGUUUGGAAUAGUGUCAAUACAUUGCUUGUAUGCACAGCUCCUUAUAAUCUUGUCCAACCAACCGUAUUUUAUCCGUAUUGUUAUCGUCUUAAUCCACAAGCAUCACUAAUUCGACAAACAGAAUCGAUUCAAGAAUGUUCCACACAAAAUUCACAACUAGUAUGGUUUCAAUCACCUGGUGAAUUAACUGAACAAUUGGUGCCAGCUAUAUUUGCACGUGGUUUAGGACGAGAUUUUUGGACAAGUGGUAUAUUUGAUCCAAUAUUAAACCGUUGGCAAUGGCUAUUAUCGGAUAACAACUCUCGAAUUGAUAUUGAUCCGACGAUAUUAACACAGUUUAAUAUAGAUUCAAGAGUCGGACAAUCUCUUCAUGUUACAUUUUCUCAACCAACUAGUGCACGGCUAGUUGCUAAUUCGCCUUCUGAAAAUUAUGUAACUGUUUGUAAAUUGGCCGCAAAUCAAAUAUUUUUAAAUAGUUUAACGCGUGCAAUCGACUUAACAUCAUACAGAGAUGGUUUCAAUAAUCAAUCCCAAGUGAUUAUUUAUCGUUUCAAUUAUAUAAUCUAUCCUAAUGUGCCAUCAACAGUGUCUAUUCAACAACCUACAGUCGCAAAUUAUCAAGAAUUGUGUGGAGUAGCUAGUGAACCAUCAUCCUCGGUCAAUCCCUAUACUAUAGAUCUAUGUGAUUAUUUUGAUUCAAUUAAUAACACAAAUGUGCAAAAUAUAAUGCAAGGAAUUAGUCACUACUAUACAGUGAGACGAUCUUCCGUAUACACUUCGCAACAAUGGACAGCAAUACCGUUUACCGUACAACAUUAUUUGACAACAACCGGGUACGAAAAUAUAAUCCGGAAACGUUUUGAUCAAAUAUUUUUAAAAAUUAUUUCUAUUUCUAGAGAAAUUACCACAAGAAUUCGUUUUGUAAUAACAAGCAGUUCAACUGUAUUGGGAUCAAAUAUUGAACCAUUAGCACCUUCCAUUGAUCUUUUGAACACAAUCAAUACUCUUUCGUCACACACCUAUAGUUCAUGUACACCAUAUGUAUCCCUCAAUCUACUUUUACCAUUGAGAGUAUGUUUACCAUUAGCAGAAAUACCAUUGUGGACAACAGUUAUCAGAGAUGCAAUUGCAACAGCAACCGGUCAAUCAACAAUGAAUAUAAUGUUGGAAGGCAUUAGAGAAGGAUUUACACCAUCCGGACAACCAGCAAAUAUUGUUUAUUAUUUAUUAACUGUCAACGGUUCAACAUGGAAUUAUACACAAAAUAGAGCCUUGCUUAACAUGGCAACAUUGGAAGCGUAUAUUGUACAAUACAAUAGCUUUCUGAUAUGUCCAAAUCAAACAACUAUUUUACCUACACAAUACAGUAUUCAUGAUUAUAAUUCUCCAUGUCCCACACCAGUAUUAUUACAACGACAAUUAAACACAGCAAUACAACAAGCUGGCAUUAUGAAUGUCAAUGUAUCGGUGUUGGGUAUUGAAGAAGCGAUGGAUAAUCGAGGACAGGUGUAUCGAUUACCACUGAUUUACAUUCAACAAAAUGGGAAUUGGUUAGAUGCUUCAUUGCUAGUAAAUAGCAGCUGGAUAAACAUAUUUCGUUCGGCUCAAUUACAGCGUUUAACUAUGCGUGUAUAUCGAUUAGCUAAAGCAUUUUCGUAUUUUUAUUCAAAUAAAUUAUCAUCGACUGAUCAAGAUUAUUUACAACGAUUAAUUUUAACAUUAUACAAUUUAAAAGCUUCUGUAAUAACGAAUAACGUACAAAUCCUCCUUGAAGAUCCAUAUUUAAACACCAGUUCUAAUGCCAUCAUAAAUCGUGUCUACGUCUUUGCAUUUUACAACGAUCAAGAAUUUGAUGGUCGACUUGUUUCACCAUUAGUUAUUGGUAAAAGCCAAUUUAAUGGUCCAUAUAUUCUUCAAACACCGUUAACCUAUGUUUCAAAUCAAAUACCAUUUUAUGUAAUUAAACAACGUGAUACACAACAAAUAACAUUGACUGGCAAAGUUGGACAAUCAUUAUCUCAAGCAGCAUUAAUUGAUUAUUGGCAAAAUCCAAUAAGACAAGGUUUAAACACGACAACGGUUGUUAUUCUACGAAGAGAUCAAACAGUUUCAUCACAAGGUCAAUAUUACACUACAAUAACAUAUAUUGUAUCGCAAGGUGGCACUACAAUACCACCAGGUUGUUUCAAUCCCGCAUUAUUACAAUCAUUGAAUGGUCCAUGCGGUGGACCAAAUACUUAUGUUAGUCAAAUACCGUUUACAUAUUCAACAUCGUUUAUUGAUUUACGUGGAAAUUAUAAUCAAGUAGACUUAGAACAAGAUAACUUCAUUGCCAUAUUAAACACGGCAUUACAACGAUUAGGAAUUACAAAUGCAGUGUCAAAUAUGUUUGUUGAAUCGCGUUUUGGUUUGGAUAUGAGUGUAGUCACACGUGUGUAUACAUUCUAUAUUGCGCCUGAUCAAAAUAUAACCCAGAAUAUAUUGCAAACACAAUUACAGCCCCCUCUGUUCACGACAAUGCAAUCAAUUAAAUACAGUUUAUUUAAUGGACAAUCGAUUGCUCGUACAGACGUUGAUCAAUAUAUUUCAAAUGUAACUUUACCAUUAACAACAGAACGACGUCAAGAAAUAGAAAAUUAUUUAACAUCAUAUAAUAGCCAAUAUGGUAUUGCAAAAAUUAUCUAUGCUGAAAAUAUUGAUGGUAAUCAGACACGAUUUUAUUUUGUGUUUAUAAAUGGAACACAAUUGUUAACACGAUGUGAUAUUGAUAUCUAUUAUCCGGGUGUGGAUGGAAAUCGUGAUAAUACCUAUCAUAGUAUCUUUCUUGAACGAAAUGCUUUUGUCUCACAGCCAGCUGCAUUAGCUGAUGGACUUGCUCAAGUUUGGACAAAUCAAAAUACAGGAAUUAGUGGAGUCAUACCAGGACUAUUGUAUGUUCAAUUGAAAAAUCAAGAACAAUAUAUUUGUCAAGGAGGACGAAGAUCUGUACGUGUGGAUUAUCUUAUUAAAACAUCAUCUUCCAUUAUCAAUGUGAACACAUUAAUAACUCCUCCAAACAUAGCUUUUGAACAACUCUAUGGACAAUAUGUCAAUAUGAGUCGAUGUUAUUCGUAUCGUGCUCAUUGGAUUUAUUCAACAGAACCUCGUUUUUCAAAUGAAAUUAUUCGUAUUACAUUACAAAAUGCAUGGCGUCAAACAAACAAUAAUUUAUCCAUUGAUGUGUCACCUGAUUUUCUAAUUGAUCAAACAUAUUUGACUAAUUUAAAUCAAUCACUUACACGUCUCAUGUACACAGUUAAUAUUAAUGGUUCAGAUGUAACAGCUUUAAUAGCUUCACAACCAUCUAGAAUUACUUUAUCAACUCUAUAUACGGGCAUUCCAUUUAAACGAUAUUCAAUUUAUAUUGAUGGUAGUAGAAUAAAUUUAACUAGUCCAAUAACAUCACAAACGAUGAAUCAAGCAAUAAGAACGAGUUGGUCAAAAGCAAAUGGAAAUUUAUUUACAUCCAAUGAUUUAAUUAUUAAUAGUAUUAAUAGUACAAUAGUGGAUAAUGGUCAAACAAAAGUUGAUUAUACCAUUGGUUUAAAAAAUUCUAUUCACUCAGAUAUUGGUGAUUAUGUUCAACCAUCUGAACGUCUUUAUACACAAAUAUUUAAUCAAUCAUUAUUGUCAACACUUGUUUACAGUCGAUAUAUAAAUAGAGAUAGUAAUCAAGUAUCAGGAACAGAAAUAACAAGUUUAUCACCAUUUUAUGGGUUGGAAUGGUGGAUAAUACUAGUUAUCGUUCUUGGUGCUUUAAUGUUAUCAAUUCUAUUUUGUCUACUCUGUUAUUUAUGUUACAGAAGACGGUCAUUCAAUCCACUUUGUAAAUCUAAAUCCAUUAUUCAUGUUCUUGGUCAAGAUAACAGUGCUUUACUUACACGACCGACACGUACAUCAUCUUUGCUACUCGAUGAGACAGUUCUUGCCGCUUCACGUUUAACUCCAUUAUUAUCCAUGCAAACAUAUGAUGGACCUUAUCUAUCUGAGCAUUAUCAUUCUCCUAUUCGACGUAGAAGUUUAAUUGAACUAUCAGACCGACCACAACAACAACAAUUGUCGUCUACCAUAGAUAGAACUGUAAAUGCACCAUUGCCACCACCGUUGCAUGUUCGUCGAAUAUCAUCAAAUACCAUCGACAUCAAUGAAAAUGAUUGGAGUGGUUUAAAUCGUUUGAUGACAUACAAUUACAAUCCGUACAUUUCAUCACAAGAACAACAUCUCGUAGUCUCUUCCACGACUAAUGAUGAUGAUAUAAGAAGAAGUUUAUCAUUAAAUGGAUCAUUAUCAGAUGUAAUAUUGACAAAAAAAGGACAUCAACAGGAAAGAAAAUAUGGUGAAGUGAUUAUUCAAAACGGUACACGACUUCGUCGUAAAGAUUAUUAUAAAAAUUAUCGGUCAAAAAUGUCAUUAACUGAUUCAAAUUCGAGUUUAACAACAAUAUUUCAUCGACCAAAACAGUGUCCAAAUCGUUCACCGUCCAGUAGUUUUAGAUAUAUACUACCGUUUGAUUCAAAACGUACAAGAAAAUCGAUUGAUAAUAUCUCGAAUAAGAAGAGUGUUUACACCAUACGCGAUGUACCAAUCAAUCCAGUUUAUCACUUAUAUCAUGAACCAUUAUAA